AUGGGGACAAGAAUAAGCACAACUUCCCAUGUUAUCCUCCCACUUGGUGUCGCCCUAAGCGCUAUCAACUCCGCAAAUCAAAACACCACGGAAGUACCUCUGUCGCUCAAUGGAGCCCUCCAAGGGUUGGAGCAGGAGUUCGCAGAUACCGUGUGGAAGACUGGGAGUGGUCUUCAUAAUCUUAUCAACGGCUCCUACUCCGCUCAAGAUAUCGGUCGUACCGUACCAUUUCACGCACACCGCGUUGGUAUCAGUAACGGCGGCGAUCUUAGCUGCCCUGGCCACAAGGCUGACUCGGGGGAGAUAGCAGGCAAGGGACCGCAGCCAUAA